AUGGGGGACUCAAACAUCAGCCACUUGUUCGCAGCAUAUACAGAGAUGCAGGAGAGUCACCCAACAGGACAAGUUGAUCACUAUAUGGACGGCUACGAUAUGGACUACGGCAUCUCUCCUGAUGACAUCCCAGACACCACGCAGGGCCAGGCCUUCUUUGUGGCCACCAUUGUUAUUGGAACGGUCCUUGUCUGCAUAAUGCUCGUCUGUGGGAUGGGAAACUUCAUUUUCAUUGCCACGCUGACCCGCUACAAAAAGCUCCGCAACCUCACCAACCUGCUCCUUGCCAACCUGGCCAUCUCAGACUUCAUUGUGGCGGUGGUGUGCUGCCCGUUCCUGGUGGACUACUACGUGGUGAAACAGCUUUCCUGGAGCCACGGUCUGGUGCUGUGCUCCUCCGUCAACUACCUGCGGACGGUGUCACUCUACGUGUCCACAAACGCACUGCUCGCCAUCGCUGUUGACAGGUACAUGGCUAUAGUCCAUCCACUCAGGCCUCGUAUGAAGUACCAAACCGCCUACUGCCUGAUAACAGGAGUCUGGGUUGUUCCCAUUCUGAUCUCGAUUCCCUCUGCCUACUUUGCCUCUGAGACCAUGUACCCUCAUGGCGGCUCCAGCCCGACCACUCACAAAAUCUUCUGUGCGCAGAUCUGGCCUGUGGACAAGCAGGCCUACUACCGCUCCUACUUCUUGGCUGUUUUUGCCGUGGAGUUUGUGGGGCCUGUGAUCGUCAUGGCGAUGUGUUACGCCCAAAUCUCCCGUGAGCUCUGGUUCAAGAACGUCCCGGGUUUCCAGACGGAGCAGAUACGUAAGCGGCUGCGAUGUCGCCGCAAGACGGUGAUGGUCCUCAUCGGGAUCUUGUCGGCAUACAUCCUGUGCUGGGCCCCGUAUUACGGCUACACCAUCCUGAGGGACUUCCAUCCGACCCUGAUCUCAAGACAGAAGAACUCACUGGUGGCCUUCUACAUCAUCGAGUGCAUUGCCAUGAGCAACAGCAUGAUCAAUACCUUCUGUUUUGUAAGCGUCAAGAAUAACACAGUGAAGCACCUGAAGAAGAUAGUGCUGCUGCGCUGGAGGUCGACGUAUGCCCCCAGUAAGACUGUGGAUGAGAUGGAGAUUAGGACCUCCUCCAUGCCUGUGACAGAGGAGAUUGAAUGUAUUCAGCUGAGAUGA